AACUUCUCCAUUGUCAAAAACACCAUUUACAUCAGCGACUGCAACAACUUCCAGUAUACUAACGGUGGCAACAUUCGGAGCGACAUCUCCAUUGUCGACAACAUCAAUAACAUCACCAACAGCGCCGUUUUCUUCGACAACACCUACGGCAGACACUGCAAUGAUUUCUACAUCCACCGUUACCUCAGAAGCAACAACUUCAAUUACUGAAACGAUUUCAACAGCCGCAAAAUCUCCAUUGUCAACAACAUCAUUCACAUCACCAACAUCACUGUUGUCUUCGACAACCGCUAUUUCAGACACUACAACUCUUUCUCCAUCCACCAUUACAUCAGAAUCAACAACUUCGAGCACUGGAUCUGUCUCAACAGCGGCAACAGCGUCUCCAUUGUCAACGACACCAUUCACCUCUCCUACUACAACGUUUUCUUCCACAACACCUAUUUCAGACACUACAACUAUUUCUCCAUCCACCAUUACCUCAGAAGUGACAACUUCGAGUACUGAAUCUGUCUCAACAGCAGCAACAACGCCUACAUUGUCAACGACACCAUUCACAUCUCCGACUACAACGUAUUCUUCCACAACACCUAUUUCAGACACUACAACUAUUUCUCCAUCCACCAUUACCUCAAAAUCAACAACUUCGAGCACUGAAGCUGUCUCAACAGCAGCAACAACUUUUCCUUUGUCAAAAACACUGUUCGCAUCCCCGACUACAACGUUUUCCUCCACAACACCUACAUCAGAUACUUCAACUAUUUCCCCAUCCACAAUUACCUCAGAAUUGACAACAUCUAGCACUGAAUCUGUCUCAACAGCAGCAGCAACUUCUCCAUUGUCAAAAACACCAUUUACAUCAGCGACUGCAACAACUUCCAGUAUACUAACGGUGGCAACAUUCGGAGCGACAUCUCCAUUGUCGACAACAUCAAUAACAUCACCAACAGCGCCGUUUUCUUCGACAACACCUACGGCAGACACUGCAAUGAUUUCUACAUCCACCGUUACCUCAGAAGCAACAACUUCAAUUACUGAAACGAUUUCAACAGCCGCAAAAUCUCCAUUGUCAACAACAUCCUUCACAUCACCAACAUCACCGUUGUCUUCGACAACCGCUAUUUCAGACACUACAACUCUUUCUCCAUCCACCAUUACAUCAGAAUCAACAACUUCGAGCACUGGAUCUGUCUCAACAGCGGCAACAACGUCUCCAUUGUCAACGACACCAUUCACCUCUCCUACUACAACGUUUUCUUCCACAACACCUAUUUCAGACACUACAACUAUUUCUCCAUCCACCAUUACCACAGAAGUGACAACUUCGAGUACUGAAUCUGUCUCAACAGCAGCAACAACACCUACAUUGUCAACGACACCAUUCACAUCUCCGACUACAACGUAUUCUUCCACAACACCUAUUUCAGACACUACAACUAUUUCUCCAUCCACCAUUACCUCAGAAUCAACAACUUCGAGUACUGAAUCUGUCUCAACAGCAGCAACAACGCCUACAUUGUCGAGGACACCAUUCACAUCUCCUACUACACACUACAACUCUUUCUCCAUCCACCAUUACAUCAGAAUCAACAACUUCGAGCACUGGAUCUGUCUCAACAGCGGCAACGUCUCCAUUGUCAACGACACCAUUCACCUCUCCUACUACAACGUUUUCUUCCACAACACCUAUUUCAGACACUACAGCUAUUUCUCCAUCCAACAUUACCUCAGAAGUGACAACUUCGAACACUACAACUCUUUCUCCAUCCACCAUUACAUCAGAAUCAACAACUUCGAGCACUGGAUCUGUCUCAACAGCGGCAACGUCUCCAUUGUCAACGACACCAUUCACCUCUCCUACUACAACGUUUUCUUCCACAACACCUAUUUCAGACACUACAGCUAUUUCUCCAUCCAACAUUACCUCAGAAGUGACAACUUCGAGUACUGA